UUACCUAUCUUAACAUUUAGCUUAUCUAAAUAAUAUUUUAAUAUUUUUGAUGGAGGACAAAAAGGAAAUAAGAUUACAAAUCAUAUAUUAUAUAUAAUUGCUAAAUGUGGACUGCCACUGUCGUUCACGGAAACAGAAGGAUUUAAUAAUUUUUUGAAAGCAGUAGCACCACUUUACAAAGCACCAGGAAGAAAUGCUAUUACAACACUUAUGGAUGCAAAAUAUACACUUAUAAGUUCGGAUUUGAAAAAUAGCUUUAAUAACAUUGACUUUUUUUGUUUAACCAGCGAUGUGUGGACAGAUCCUUUUACAAACAAAAGUUAUAUAAGUUUAACAUCUCAUUGUUUAAAUGAUAUAUGUAAAACAUGGAAUAUUCCAGAUGAUAAAAUCCUUUGUAUUGUUACUGAUAAUGGAUGUAACAUAAAACAUGUUAUACAUACAACAUUUGGGUAUCACAGGCAUCUUCCAUGUUUUGCACAUUGUUUAAAUUUAGUUGCGCAAAAAUCAAUAGCAUCGUCGGUUCGGUUUCAAACAAUAGUUACUAAAGUAAAACAUAUUGUGACACAUUUUAAACAUAGCGUUCGUGUAUCUGACGAACUUAUUCGAUUACAAAUGCUACAAGGAAAAACUGAAGGUACAUGUUUAAAACUUAAACGGGACUGUCCCACAGGACUAUCGUUGAAAUUCCAUUUUUUAUAUGCUAAGUAGAUUUAUAGAAGUU